AUGACUAACCAGCAGGAUUUGAAGCCUCACCAGCAGGAUUUGAAGCCUCACCAGCAGGAUUUGAAGCCUCACCAGCAGGAUUUGAAGCCUCACCAGCAGGAUUUGAAGCCUCACCAGCAGGAUUUGAAGCCUCACCAGCAGGAUUUGAAGCCUCACCAGCAGGAUUUGAAGCCUCACCAGCAGGAUUUGAAGCCUCACCAGCAGGAUUUGAAGCCUCACCAGCAGGAUUUGCAGCCUCACCAGCAGGAUUUGCAGCCUCACCAGCAGGAUUUGAAGCCUCACCAGCAGGAUUUGAAGCCUCACCAGCAGGAUUUGAAGCCUCACCAGCAGGAUUUGAAGCCUCACCAGCAGGAUCUGAAGCCUCACCAGCAGGAUCUGAAGCCUCACAGGAACAACAUAUGCAGCAGUAAUUAUGAAGCAACAAUAACUCAAAUAACAAGUGCUACUCUGGCGCUUAAGUGCUGCUUUGACACUUGA